AUGGUCAGCCCUCAGAUCACCAACCUGAUCAUCAUGCUCGGCAUGGUGCAGGUCUCCCGCAAGGUCCCCUUCGAAGACCCCAACGUCCUGAACAUGUGCCGCGCCGGCUACAUUGCCAGCAACAUCAUCAUCGCCAUCAUCUACCUCUACGUCCAAGCCCAGAUUAACAAGAAGAAGGACCUUACCACGCUCAAAUACGUCGAGCCCCCAGCGAUGGGAUCCGCCGAGGAGGGCAAGCUCGUCACCACCACCAUUCACGCCUACGACACCACCCAGCUUCGCCAGGCCUUCCGCUCUCAGGCCAUGGGUAUCGCCAUGAUGGCCUUCAUGCACAUCUACAUGAAGUACACCAACCCUCUCCUGAUCCAGUCCAUCAUCCCCCUCAAGAGCGCCCUCGAGAGCAACCUCGUCAAGAUCCACGUCUUUGGCCAGCCCGCCGCUGGCGACCUCAAGCGUCCCUUCAAGGCGCCCGCCGGCUUCAUGCAGGGUCUCCAGAGCGGCCCCGCUGCUAGCGACAAGAAGGCCAUCGAGACUGCCGAGCGUGCCGGCCGCGGUGGUGCCAAGGAGGAGUAA